AUGAGUGACAGCACGAAACUAAUUGGCGUGAUUGGAGACGAAGAUACCGUCACGGGCUUUAUUCUUGCAGGAAUUGGUCAUCGAACAGCCGAGGGAACUAAUUUUCUCGUCGUUAAGCCAAACACACCGAUCUCUGUGAUUGAAUCGAGCUUUCGAUCCCUUACGAACCGUGAUGACAUUGCUAUUCUCCUUAUUAAUCAGCAUGUAGCGGAAGAGAUCCGUCAUCUUUUAAAUACGUACGACAAGACAAUUCCAACGGUGCUGGAGAUUCCAAGCAAGGACUCGCCUUAUGAUCCUACCAAGGAUUACAUCAUGAAACGUGUAAACCUUAUGCUUGGAGAGUGA